CAUCCUGUGUGCAGCAUACUGACUUGCUUUUAAUGCUUUCUCAGGUACAACUGGCUUCAUGGCCAAGGUGAACCUUACUUUGGUGACAGAGUUCCUCCUAAUAGCGUUCACUGAACACCCAGAACGGGGGCUCCCUCUCUUCCACCUGUUCUUAUUUAUCUAUCUCUUCACUUUGCUGGGGAACUCAGGCAUGAUUAUUUUAAUCCGCAUGGAUCGCCAACUCCACACCCCGAUGUACUUUCUUCUAAGCCACCUCUCUUUCAUGGACAUCUGCUACUCCUCUGUCACUGUUCCUCAGACAAUGACUGUGUUGUUGGAGCACGGGACAGCUAUAUCCUACGCACGCUGCGAGGCUCAGUUUUUCCUGUUUACUUUCUUUGGCUCCAUCGAUUGCUACCUCUUGGCUCUCAUGGCCUACGACCGCUACGCGGCUGUGUGCCAGCCUCUGCUUUAUGCCACCAUCAUGACACAGAAAGCCCUUCUAAGUUUUGUGGCUGGGGCUUAUGUUGCUGGCCUCCUCAGUGCCUUGGUGCGGACAGUCUCAGCAUUCUCCCUCUCAUUUUGUGGAAACAAUGAAAUCGACUUCAUUUUCUGUGACCUUCCUCCUCUGUUAAAGCUGACCUGUGGAGAGAGCUACACACAAGAAUUAGUAAUCAUUGUGUUUGCCAUUUUUGUUAUCCCUGCUUGUAUGGUGGUAAUUGUGGUUUCCUACCUGUUCAUCAUAGUGGCCAUUCUGAGGAUCCCUUCAGCAGGAAGUAGGGCUAAGACCUUCUCAACAUGCGCCUCCCACCUGACUGCAGUGCUGCUCUUCUUUGGCACCCUCAUCUUCAUGUACCUGAGAGAUAACUCUGGCCAGGCUUCAGAAAAGGACCGGGUAGUGUCUGUAUUCUACACAACAGUAAUUCCCAUGUUGAAUCCCCUCAUCUACAGCUUGAGAAACAAGGAAGUGAAGGAAGCACUGAGGAGAGUUCUCAAUAGAGUCAAGACUUCCUAACCUCUUCCCACCUU